AUGGCUGAUCUAACAAACUCCCAGAUUAUACAGUAUGCUACAGAGAUGAGAAAUCUCCUUAUUUCCCAUGAAAAAGCCAACCAACAGGUUUCUGUUCUAGAGUCCUACAUCCAGUGUUUAAGCCAGAAGACCUUCAGAUCUACACUUCAAGAUUCCAACUCCCAACCCAUACAAAACCUCACAAAGAAGUCUGUUGCCAAUGGCAUCAAGAGGGUUUACCAACAAGUCUCCAACCAAAAAUGGAUGAAAGUCACCGAGUUGUCUGCCCUUGUCACCCAGCAGCUGGACUUGGAACAACUACCAGAACCACCCACCGUCAGUGCAGGAGAAUCAAUAGAGAUGGACGAGAUGGCUUCUAUCACCACCAAGAGUUUCUGUGAGCUCUAUAGGAGUGCUUGAAGAGCUA